AUGCUGUCAUCGCGAUCCCCGUCGCCGUUGAGCGACAAGAGCGACUCGUCAGCAAUAGAUACUUCGCCGCCGCCGAUCGAUGCCGACAAAGGCGAUGCUGCGCCUCGCACUUUUUCGCCAAUCAAAUUGCCCAUCGAGCUUUGGAGGGAGGUCAUUCUGGUAACACAGUCAUCAAAAGACAUUAACAGCCUCAGCAGGACCUGCAAAGGCCUUCGUACCAUCACCGCCGACGUCAAUCUGCGGGCGGAAUACAUACUGCGCAGCUGCAUGCCAUGUGAAGCCAUCUUUCAGGCUUCUUUGCGCCCUGAUAUGUUCAAUGAGGAGCUCCUAGAGAUGCUUCUGUCGCAGGGAGCAGUCUUGUCUCGCUACUUUGUUCAGGCCUUUGUUCAACGCUUCUUUGCUCAUACGAGACGUUUUGGCGGCGCUUCUUGGCUCAGUCGGAUGAAAUUCUCGGGCGCCGCUGCCCUCAUGAAGAUUGCCAAUCAGAAGUUCUCUGAAGGGAUCAAUCCAACCAGCCAUUACGCCAUGGAUCUAGAGCUCUACUUGCGUGGAUCGCCUGAGCUCCAGCUCAAGUUGUUAGUCGAGACAAAGCUUGCUCCAAUCUUUCCAACAGACAUCAGCGCAGACUUUGCCCACACGCUGGUCAAGAGUCCUGAACAGGCGAGGCUGCUGCACGACAAUGGCUUUCGCAUCAAGGAAAAACUUCUGAUGCAAUGGUAA